AUGACAAACACACUUCCAACAGAAACUCAAAUCAUCGUCGUAGGAGCAGGUCCCACUGGGCUUGCAGCUGCAAUAUCACUCAUCUAUAGUGGGAUUGACCCUUCCAACCUCACAAUCGUAGAUUGCGUUGAAAAAGGAGCUAAUACUUCCAGAGCACUGGCUAUCCAUGCAGCAACUCUUGAAGCACUGGAUAAAUAUGAUUGUGCUUCCAGAUUAGUCGAAUUGGGUAUCAAAGGCACAGGCUGGAGGUUGGGUGAUAAGACCUCCACAAUAUUCCAAGCUAGUUUCGAUCACAUUGCCCCAUACACCAAGUUUCCAUUUGUCUUGAUCCUAGAGCAGUCGACCACGGAACGUGUGCUGGAGGAGAGGCUGAAAGAGCUGGGAGUCGAAGUCAAAAGACCGUGCCGUGUUACUGGUAUGAGAGAUGGUAAAGAGUUCAAGGGUACAGAAAUCUUAUUCGAGUCUGGGGAGACCAUUAGCGCAAAGUAUGUCAUAGGAGCUGAUGGUGCUAGAUCUUCGGUCCGUCAAUUAGCGGGUAUCAACUUCUCAGAUCCAGACGGUAAAUCGGUCGAAGAUUCUGUGGACAAUCGCGUUGCGCAGAUGGUACUAGCAGACGUUUCUAUUUCUCUUCCAGAAGAUCAAGCAGCACUCCAAGCCUCUGGCAUAUCCUUGACUGCCUCAGAAGCCGGGAUGUUUUUGCUGGUCCCUUUGGGCAAACCCACUGUCAGCGAGCAGCUAUACGGUUCAUCUGAUACUGUGUACCGCAUUGGUUUCAAUGUCCCUCGCGGACUAGGGGAACCUCCCUCGAAGCCAUCCUUGGAAUAUCUCCAAAACAAUACGAACCUACAUGCCCCUUUUGUUCUGAGCUCCGAUCCAGAUGUGAAUCCAAAUCCAGUGAGGAUUACCAAGGUACAUUGGUCAACCCGAUUUCGCAUGCGCUCUGCCCUUGCCGAUGUUUUCUUCAAACGUGUUUAUGGAGGGAUCGUAAUCCUUCUUGGAGACGCGGCACAUAUACAUUCACCUGCAGGCGGCCAGAUGAGUAGCUCAUGUAUGAAUCUUGGCCUGCGAGACGCGGCCGGUCUUGGACCUAUUCUAGCGGACCAUAUCCGGAACAGAGAGAGCAACUUGUCUGCUCCAGGUGCAAGAAAUCUGGAUCUCAGUGAUAUGGAUUUUGACACGACUACUCUGGAGGACUAUGCUGCAUCUCGACGAAUUCGCGGACUGGAAAAUAUCAGGCUCACCAAAGAUUUUACGAAUAUCCUCAAUUUUGUAUCAAGGCCGCAUCUUCUCAGCAGGCUGUUGCUAUGGAUCUUCAAAUUGCUUUCAAGUCUUUCGAUAUUCCAGAGCAGGCUUGUUUAUAGACUGAGUGGUCUAGGAAAUCGGUGA